AUGGGUGUACUGAUGACGUCGGUUGUCGUUAAUGCAGUGAUGCUAGUUUUGGUAGACGCGAGAUCCUCAUAUAUGACGUUAAAUAAUAAACCCGUCAUUGAUUUAAAUAAAAAAUCAGCACCGAUGACUAUAAAAGCGCCACACGAACGAAGAUCAGCACUCUUUCCAAAGAUUUUUACAAAAUUUAUGGCAAAUUCUAAUGAGACUCCAAAGUCUCAAUACACGACAUUUAAACCAUCAUCUGAAUACGUUGGCCCGCAAAAGACCAGUUUUAAUAGAAAAGAAUUUACAAUUUUCGAAUAUACAACUCCUAAAGCUAGAGAAACAGGUAUGAAAGAUUUUUUUACAAAGAUUAAAUCAAAUGAAAAUAUUCGUAUGAACGUGACAAAUGUUUCGAAUUUAAAUAGAGUUGGCAGACGAGAAAGUAAUAAUCAAAACAGUUCGAUUAAUGAAGGAAACAUAAUUGCUUUAAAAAAUAAUUUCAGUGAAACGGCCAAUUUACAUAUGGUGACUGAAAAUCCUAUUGAAAAUAAAAAACUAAAUUAUAAAGGCAUUAACAAUGCCAAUGUUGAUUAUUAUGUACCUGAAGUUUCAAUGGGCAAGAAAAAUAGUUUCCUGGAAAGUAAUGGCCCUUUUGAAGAAAAUUAUACUGUAGCAAAUGGAAUACCUAAUGAAUAUAAAAAAAGGUACCCACAAAGUAAUGACGAUGAAGAAUCAACAACAGAAUCGUUUCAUAAUUCUGUAACAUUCAAAAUUUCAACGUUAGAUGAAAAAUCAUACCCAAAAAAUAUUGAUACUGUAAACAGUAAUGAAAAAUUUAUAACAGAAGUAAGAAAUGAUUCUGAAGUACCUGGUAAUGACAAAUUGCGGUUCCCCGGCAGUAGCAAUGCUUUAGAAGGCAACGAAGAAUUUAAAACAGAAGUAAACGGCUUCAGACAAGCCAGAAAUGUAAACAUUAUUGAGGAAGAAUCUCAAGCUACAGUCAUUAUACCUGGAUUCAGAUUUAAUGACCAAAAACCACCACUCGAGAACGCUCAAACUUUUAAAAAUAUUAAUUUCUAG